AUGGCAGAGAUUCUUCUGAAUCAUGGAGCAGAAAUUAAUCCACAAAAAUCUGAGCAGCCUCCUCUUUAUCACUCAAUAAUACAUAGACAUAUAGAUAUGUUAGAAUUCCUUCUUUCUUUUGGAGCAAAUGCUAAUGCAUUUUAUGAUAGUGAACAACCUAUUUUAUGCUUUGCUAUUGCUAUACAUUGCCAAUCAAUUGCAGAGAUAUUAAUUUCACAUGGAGCAGAACUAGCAGGGAGAAAUGGAGAAUUGGCACUUGAAACUGCAGUUAAAUUCAAAAAUAUAGAGAUGGUGCAAUUUUUAAUCUUUCAUGGGGUUGAAAUCAAAGGGUCUGGUGGUGGUUUCGCGCUGUAUGAAGCAAUUAAAAAUGGUUAUUUUGAUAUUGCUCAAAUGCUUAUAUCAAAUGGCGCAGAUCCUAAAGAAGAUUGGGGUUAUGAACCAAAUAUUAAUAUUGCAACAAAAUAUAAUCACAAAGAAAUUGUAGAACUUCUAAUUUCCUAUGGUGUGAAUCUAAAUAGUAUAAGUCAUCCAGGCCAAACAUCUCUUCAUUAUGCCAUAAAGCAUAAUUAUGAAGAAAUAGCUGAAAUUCUUAUCAAAAAUGGUGCUGAUCUUAAUAUUAGAGAUUCUUAUGAUCAAACAGCUCUCCAUUUUGCAUCCAUUAGCAAUAUGCAGGAAAUUAUUAAAUUACUCAUUUCACAUGGCGCAGAUGUCAACCUCAAAGAUUCCAAAGGCAAAACAGCUUUCGAUUAUUUACUCGGUAGUGAAAUUAAUAAAGAAUGCAUUGAAGCUUUUAUAUCACAUGGUGCUAAUCUCCACGCAAAGGACAGUUAA